AUGGCUGAUUCUCUCACCUAUCCCAAGACCAAGAGCACCACGGUCAAUCGCUACCACACCAGAGCGACAUACGAUGUCCAGGCCAUUCACUCGAUCGUCAACGACAGCUCGGUGCUCCACGUCUCGUUCGCCCCCGACGCUGAAGAUCCAUUCCCGGCCAUUCUGCCCAUGAUCGGGACCAUGGGGUCGUACGAGUACCCGAGCGCGGGCCUCGACGAGCCCCUGGACUGCUACCUGCACGGCUACGUCAGCUCGCGCAUCAUGAGGCUGGCGACGUCCGCGCCCCAGGGCCUCCCCGUCAGCAUCGCCGCCACAAAGGUCGACGGACUGGUCCUGGCCCUGACCCCCAACGCCCACAGCUACAACUACCGCAGCGCGAUCCUGCACGGCUACGCCAGGAUCGUGGAGUCGGCGGAAGAGAAAGUCUGGGCCAUGGAACUCAUCACCAACUCGGUCGUGCCCGACCGCUGGCGGCACUCCCGCGUCCCACCGGACAGCGCGGAGAUGCAGUCGACGAAAAUCCUCAAGGUCAAGGUCACCGCGGCGAGCGGCAAGACCAGGGAGGGCGGGCCGCACGACGAGGCAAAGGACACGAGUCGUGACGACGUGACCGGAACAACCUGGGUGGGCGUGGUUCCCGUGGUGGAGAAGUUUUGCGAACCGAUCGCAGGCCCGGAGAACAAAGUCGCCGAACUCCCCCAGUACAUUGCAGACUAUGUCGGGGAGGCCAAUGCAAAGGCCGAGGCGUACGCGUUGAAUGCAGCUCGGCUGCCUUGA